CCAGCCCCGCCGGGCCCCGCCCCCCGCCGAGUGCAUGAGGUUGACGCUACUUUGUUGCACCUGGAGGGAAGAACGUAUGGGAGAGGAAGGAAGCGAGUUGCCCGUGUGUGCAAGCUGCGGCCAGAGGAUCUACGAUGGCCAGUACCUCCAGGCCCUGAAUGCUGACUGGCACGCAGACUGCUUCAGGUGUUGCGAAUGCAGUGCCUCCCUUUCACACCAGUACUAUGAGAAGGAUGGGCAGCUCUUCUGCAAGAAGGACUACUGGGCCCGCUAUGGCGAGUCUUGCCACGGGUGCUCAGAGCACAUCACCAAGGGGCUGGUCAUGGUGGCCGGGGAGCUGAAGUACCACCCCGAAUGCUUCAUCUGCCUCACAUGUGGGACCUUCAUUGGUGAUGGAGACACCUACACUCUGGUGGAGCACUCCAAGCUCUACUGCGGACACUGCUACUACCAGACUGUGGUGACCCCCGUCAUUGAGCAGAUCCUGCCUGAUUCCCCCAGCUCCCACCUGCCCCACACAGUCACCCUCGUAUCCAUCCCAGCCUCGGCUCAUGGCAAACGUGGUCUCUCGGUCUCCAUCGACCCCCCUCACGGCCCGCCAGGCUGCAGCACAGAGCACUCCCACACCGUCCGCGUCCAGGGAGUGGACCCAGGCUGCAUGAGCCCGGAUGUGAAGAAUUCCAUCCACGUUGGAGACCGGAUCCUGGAAAUCAAUGGCACACCCAUCCGGAAUGUGCCCUUGGACGAGAUUGAUCUGCUGAUCCAGGAAACCAGCCGCCUGCUCCAGCUGACUCUUGAGCAUGACCCCCAUGACGCACUGGGCCACGGGCUCGGGCCUGAGUCCAGCCCCCUGGUCUCCCCGGUUCACACUCCCAGCGGGGAGGCGGGCAGCUCCGGCCGGCAGAAGCCUGUCCUGAGGAGCUGCAGCAUCGACAGGUCCCCGGGCGCCGGCUCGCUGGGCUCCCCGGCCUCCCAGCGCAAGGACCUGGGUCGCUCCGAGUCCCUCCGUGUGGUCUGCCGGCCGCACCGCAUCUUCCGGCCUUCGGACCUCAUCCACGGGGAGGUGUUGGGCAAGGGCUGCUUCGGCCAGGCCAUCAAGGUGACACACCGGGAGACAGGCGAGGUGAUGGUGAUGAAGGAGCUGAUCCGCUUCGAUGAGGAGACCCAGCGGACGUUCCUCAAGGAGGUGAAGGUCAUGCGAUGCCUGGAGCACCCCAACGUGCUCAAGUUCAUUGGGGUGCUCUACAAGGACAAGAGGCUCAACUUCAUCACCGAGUACAUCAAGGGUGGCACGCUCCGGGCCCUCAUCAAGGGCAUGGACAGCCAGUACCCGUGGAGUCAGAGGGUGAGCUUUGCCAAGGACAUCGCUUCGGGGAUGGCCUACCUCCACUCCAUGAACAUCAUCCACCGGGACCUGAACUCCCACAACUGCCUGGUUCGUGAGAACAAGAACGUGGUGGUGGCCGACUUCGGGCUGGCGCGGCUUAUGGUGGACGAGAAGACGCAGCCCGAGGACCUGCGGAGCCUCAAGAAGCCAGACCGGAAAAAGCGUUACACGGUGGUGGGCAACCCCUACUGGAUGGCGCCCGAGAUGAUCCACGGCCGCAGCUACGAUGAGAAGGUGGAUGUGUUUUCCUUUGGAAUCGUCCUGUGCGAGGCCCUCUUUCGUGAAGCUGGAGCAGUGGCUGGAGACGCUCCGCAUGCACUUGGCUGGCCACCUGCCACUGGGCCCACAGCUGGAGCAGCUAGACAGGGGCUUCUGGGAGACCUACCGGCGCGGCGAGAGUGGACUGCCCGCCCACCCCGAGGUCCCCGACUGAGACCGGCCCGCCCAGCUGCCCCUGUCCCCGACUCGGGAGAAUCCACCCUGCACCAGAUUCCUCUGUGUGCGGUGGCCAGGUGUGGCACCCUCAGCGGGGCAGCGGACACCCAGACCCCUCCCCAGCGCCAGGCCCUAACUUGCCUUCUACCCUGUGGGCCGUGGCCCCUGCCCUUCCUCUGCCCCCGGCCCCAGAGCUGGCCUGGCUGCACAGACACCAUCACCUCGCCCUGCCUUACCUCUGUCUUGGUGGGACCACCCCCUCACGCUUCUCCUUGCAUGAGCUGGAGGACCCGUGUGAGCUGUACCCCAUCCCAUACCCGGUACCCUACCCCACACCCGCUGCCCCGGCUGUCCUAUGCACACUCUACCCGUCUGCAGCUCCUCUGAGGCUGGGCCAGAGGACAGACAGCCUCAGACCGUGGCUCAUCACUAUUCCCAGGAGCCAAACAGGGAGUCUGGGGCCCAUCACCCCCCCAGGGGGUGUCUAGGUAGCGUCAGGUAUUGAUAAUUAUCCAAACCCCCAAAGCAGAGAGAGGUCGUCUCCUGUGGAGUGGAAAUCCCUGUGGCUGGGCAACAGCCCUCCCUCGCUUUGGGUCUUUUUGUUUCUUUAUUGAAGCCACUUUAGUGAGAAGCAGGUACCAGGCCUCAGGGUGAAGGGUGGGUCCCUGGAGGGAGAGGGGAGCCGUGGUCCCAGGGCCAGAGCUGCUGGGAGGAGCAGCAGAGGGAGGCUGGGCAGAGUGGACGAGGCAGUGUCCACCAGCAUCCCAGCCCCCUGAAGUUCAUCUCAGCACUAUCCCGGGCCUCUCCCCGAGGCUCCCUGCCAGUGGCCAGAGCAGCCCCUGCCCCUCCCCAUGCCCCUCUGUCCUCUGGGUUCUUUCUGUGUAAUCUAUUUUUUAAGAAGAGUUUGUAUUAUUUUUUCAUACGGCUGCAGCAGCAGCAGCUGCUGGGGGCUUGGGGUUUUAUUUUUUUGGCGGGCGGGGGUGGGGGGGCCAUUUUGUCACUUUGCCUCAGUUGAGCAUCUAGAAGUAUUAAGACUGUGAAGCCUUCUCAGUGCACUUUGAACCUGGAAAGCAAUUGAAACAGGCCCAUGGGACUAUGACUCAGGGAGGUGGGACACAGUCACCUCCAUCUAGGAAUCACGAUGUCUAAGGAACAAAACCCAGACUCAGAAUAAUAAAAUAAAUUCUGUACUCCCCA